AUGUUGCACGAUGCUGAGGAAGUAAACGCUCUACCGCGGAAGAAGGCAAGGCACAGUGUACUCUUUGAGUUUGAAAAACCGAAAGAAGUUUUCCGUGAAAAAGAAGCGUUUGUUACAGAAGCGAGAGGCUUUGGUUUCUCUUUAGAAAAUUAUUGUAACAAUUACAUAAAAUGUUGUAAGUGGAGCAGUGACGGGGAAAUCCUCGCUUCUUCCAGCCAGGACCGAAAAGUUCAGCUCUUCAAGACGUUAGAAGAUUAUUCUAAGGUAAAACUACAUCAGUCAAUUCCACUGGCAACUUUAAUCUACGAUAUCUGCUGGCAUCCGAGUCUGAGUUGGUUGGCAACUUCCAGCAAAGACCAGCCAAUACACUGUUGGAAUCAAGAGGGAAAAAGAGCUGUUUCUUUCAAUGGAAUAAACGAAAAAGAUGAGCUAGACAGCGCCUACUCGCUUUGCUUCUCUCACGAUGGACAGCAGUUAUAUGCGGGAUACAAUUGUUCAAUUAGGAAAUUCGACAUUAAUAGGGGCGGCCGCCAACAACAGGAUAUAAAAACGUGGACAAAAGUGAACGGCGGUCAAAAGUCUAUUAUUUCAUGCAUUACGAUGAACCCGCUGAUGCAGGGAGUUUAUGCAGCAGCAUCCUAUGGACAAUCAAUAGCUCUUUAUUCUGACAUGUCGUCAGGCGCAGAAUGUAUUUUUGAAGUACCUUCACAUGCCGUUACGCAUAUUCGUUAUUCGAGUGACGGAAAUGUGUUAUUUGCUGCCAGCAGAAAGAAUGAUUGCAUUACAUGCUGGGACCUGCGAUAUCCAGGUCAUAUGAUUGGCUCCCUAGAACGUCCAUGCACUACAAACCAAAGGAUUUAUUUUGAGAUGGAUUGUUCAGGUCGCUACCUGUUCAGUGGUAGCUCUUCAGGACAUCUUUAUAUUUUUGAUGUGGCAGAAAUUAGGCCCGAACUUUCAGAACCAGUUUGUGUUCUUCCGGUCCAUCGAAGCUCACUUUCCGGAGUCAGCAUUCAUCCCAAUGUCCCUCUCGUGGCGACGUGUAGCGGUCAACGAGUUUUUCCUCUGCCUGACUUAUGCAGUGAAGAAGAAAACGACGACUACGAAACGAUUAGAAAUUUUGCCGACUUAGAUAAUUCUCUGUCUCUGUGGAUGUUUUCCCACUAG